CCAAUUAUCUCAGUCCAUUUCGGGAGUCGAGCCCGUCAUUCUCUGACGUGACCGGAACAUGCAUUUUGGCGCAAAGCAGAUGUUGAAUUCAUUCGAGUUGUAUUACUAACAGAUUGGCUAUUAUUACGUGUUGGUGUGAGUUUUCCCCACCCAACUCACGUUCUUGCAUCAAAAGAGACAGUUUACAAGAUCAUUACAACUUAAAAACGACAAAAUGGCACUUCAGAAUAAAAUCGUUCAACUGAGCUGCAGGAGUGUUUUGGGAGAAGUGCUCAACAAGAGGUUUGCCAGUAAUUCUCGCGCGCUGCUCAAAUCUGCCACCAGCGAGUCGCUCCGGAUCUGUGCGACCGGACAAGAGACUUUCCCCGAGGAUUUGAUCACACCGGGGGCCAGUGCGGAGGUGGUCGCUAAGGAGACCCGGAUCAAGAGUCUGAAAGAGAUGCCGGGACCCAGCGCCGUCAGCAAUCUGAUCGAGUUCUUUUACCGGGACGGUUUCAGUAGAAUCCACGAAAUACAGAUGGAACACUCUCAGAAGUAUGGGAAGAUCUUUAAAUCUCGUUUCGGCCCCCAGCUGGUUGUGUCUAUCGCAGGGCGGGAUCUGGUUGCCGAGGUGCUAAGGACGGAGGGUGUGGCCCCGCAGAGAGGCAACAUGGAGUCCUGGAAGGAGUACCGCGACCUGAGGGGCCGAUCUACCGGACUUAUCUCAGCGGAGGGCGAGGACUGGUUGAAGAUGCGUAGCAUCCUCCGUCAGCUGAUCAUGAGACCGAAGGACGUGGCUCAGUUCUCUGACGAUGUGAAUGCUGUGGUGGAGGACCUGGUGAAGAGAGUGGAUACGCUGAGGAGCCAGCAGUCAGACGGACUCACUGUACUCAAUAUUAACGAUCUGUUUUUCAAAUACGCAAUGGAAGGUAUGGCAGCCAUCUUGUACGAGGACCGUCUGGGCUGCUUGGAGAAUGAGAUUCCUCAGAAGAGCCAGGACUACAUCGCAGCGCUGCACCUGAUGUUUAGUUCCUUUAAGAUGACCAUGUAUGCCGGGGCGAUCCCCAAGUGGCUCAGAACCGUCGUCCCCAGACCCUGGGAAGAGUUCUGCAGCUCCUGGGACGGACUCUUCAGUUUCAGCCAGAUCCAUGUAGAUAAGCGUCUGGGGGAGAUCCAGGAUCUGGUGUCCCGAGGAGAGACGGUGAAGGGGGGGCUGUUAACUCACAUGCUGGUGACCCGAGAGAUGAACCUGGAGGAGAUCUACGCUAACAUGACUGAGAUGUUACUGGCUGGGGUGGACACGACAUCGUUCACCCUGUCCUGGGCCUGCUACCUCUUGGCCCGUCACCCUGAGGUCCAGCAGGAGAUCUACGAGGAGGUGACGAGAACUCUGGGACACGGGACCAUCCCCACCGCUGAUGACGUCCCCCGUCUACCCCUCAUCAGAGGACUGGUGAAGGAGACACUACGAAUGUUUCCUGUCCUGCCUGGUAAUGGGCGUGUUACCCAGGAUGACUUGGUGGUUGGCGGUUACUUCAUCCCCAAAGGGACCCAGUUGGCUCUAUGUCACUACUCUACCUCCAUGGACGAGGAGAACUUCCCCGGGGCUGAUGACUUCCGGCCAGACCGCUGGAUCAGGAAGGACGCUACGGACCGGGUGGAUAACUUCGGCUCCAUCCCGUUCGGCUACGGCAUCAGGAGCUGCAUCGGCAGGAGGAUAGCUGAACUGGAGAUGCACCUGGCUCUUACACAGCUAAUCCAGAGGUUCCAGAUUGGGCUGUGUCCCGUCACAGAAGAAAUCAAAGCCAAAACCCACGGCCUCCUCUGUCCUGCUGCGCCCAUCAACCUGCAGUUUGCCGACAGACAACCCUAGACCUAAACCCACGGCCGUCCUCUGUCCUACUGCGCCCAUCAACCUGCAAUUUGCCGACAGACAACCCGAGACCUAAACCCACGGCCGUCCUCUGUCCUACUGUGCCCAUCAACCUGUAGUUUGCCGACAGACAACCCGAGACCUAAACCCACGGCCGUCCUCUGUCCUACUGCGCCCAUCAACCUGCAAUUUGCCGACAGACAACCCGAGACCUAAACCCACGGCCGUCUUCUGUCCUACUGCGCCCAUCAACCUGCAGUUUGCUGACAGACAACCCUAGACCUAAACCCACGGCCGUCCUCUGUCCUACUGCGCCCAUCAACCUGCAGUUUGCCAACAGACAACCCCAGACCUAAACCCACGGCCUCCUCUGUCCUGCUGCAGUGUGCCGACAGACAACCCUAGACCUAAACCCACGGCCGUCCUCUGUCCUACUGCGCCCAUCAACCUGCAGUUUGCCGACAGACAACACCAGACCUAAACCCACGGCCUCCUCUGUCCUGCUGCAGUGUGCCGACAGACAACCCUAGACCUAAACCCACGGCCGUCCUCUGUCCUACUGCGCCCAUCAACCUGCAGUUUGCCGACAGACAACCCCAGACCUAAACCCACGGCCUCCUCUGUCCUGCUGCAGUGUGCCGACAGACAACCCUAGACCUAAACCCACGGCCGUCCUCUGUCCUACUGCGCCCAUCAACCUGCAGUUUGCCGACAGACAACCCCAGACCUAAACCCACGGCCUCCUCUGUCCUGCUGCAGUGUGCCGACAGACAACCCCAGACCUAAACCCACGGCCUCCUCUGUCCUGCUGCAGUGUGCCGACAGACAACCCCAGACCUAAACCCACGGCCUCCUCUGUCCUGCUGCAGUGUGCCGACAGACAACCCCAGACCUAAACCCACGGCCUCCUCUGUCCUGCUGCAGUGUGCCGACAGACAACCCCAGACCUAAACCCACGGCCUCCUCUGUCCUGCUGCAGUGUGCCGACAGACAACCCCAGACCUAAACCCACGGCCUCCUCUGUCCUGCUGCAGUGUGCCGACAGACAACCCCAGACCUAAACCCACGGCCUCCUCUGUCCUGCUGCAGUGUGCCGACAGACAACCCCAGACCUAAACCCACGGCCUCCUCUGUCCUGCUGCAGUGUGCCGACAGACAACCCCAGACCUAAACCCACGGCCUCCUCUGUCCUGCUGCAGUGUGCCGACAGACAACCCCAGACCUAAACCCACGGCCUCCUCUGUCCUGCUGCAGUGUGCCGACAGACAACCCCGGACCUAAACCCACGGCCUCCUCUGUCCUGCUGCAGUGUGCCGACAGACAACCCCGGACCUAAACCCACGGCCUCCUCUGUCCUGCUGCAGUGUGCCGACAGACAACCCUAGACCUAAACCCACGGCCUCCUCUGUCCUGCUGCAGUGUGCCGACAGACAACCCUAGACCUAAACCCACGGCCUCCUCUGUCCUGCUGCAGUGUGCCGACAGACAACCCCAGACCUAAACCCACGGCCUCCUCUGUCCUGCUGCAGUGUGCCGACAGACAACCCCAGACCUAAACCCACGGCCUCCUCUGUCCUGCUGCAGUGUGCCGACAGACAACCCCAGACCUAAACCCACGGCCUCCUCUGUCCUGCUGCAGUGUGCCGACAGACAACCCUGGGCAGAUACAGUGUUUCCCUCCUUUCCUCUCCUUACCUCUCCAGUCAGGAGGUAAACGGGGGAAUCACAGACAGACUGUCGUAAGGCGGGUUUAUACCGUCCUGUACCCAGAUGCUAUUGUUCUGUGUCAACAGCCUCUAAGAUACAGGAUGUACACAGACCCUAUGUGUCAGCUCUUUAUAUAUAUAUAUAUAAAUACUUGUUUCAUUUACAACUUUUCUAUGUCCUGUUAUCAACUGACUUCAGCACAGUGUCUGGCUGUGGAUUGGCUGCAGUGUCUGGCUGUGGAUUGGCUGCAGUGUCUGGCUGUGGAUUGGCUGCAGUGUUUGAAUGGAAUGUUGGCAGAUUAUUUUUUUUAUUUUUUUAUACCAAAAAAUCUAGGAAUUGUUCCUCUAAAACUAGCUAGCUAACAACCUGUGCAGUUUAUAUCUACAGAAUGCAUUGCUUUACAGACUGUUUAAUUUGUUAUUUGAUUAAAGUGUUCCUUUUACGACGAUGGAUGAUUUAAAAAGUUGUCAUGACGAUUUAAAGUUGGUUUAUAGUCAACAGUGUUGUCAGAUAUGUGCUGGUCAUUUUUGAAAUGGCUAACGAGCUAGCAACUAACCAAAACCAUCGUUUAUAAUGUUGCUUUUAGUUGCCUGGCUCGUCAGAUUGACGUUAUCCUAAAUACAUUUAUUUUUUAUUUUUAUGGAUUUGUUUAUUUGGUGUUUAAAAUAGACUAGCUAUGCAAUUUCAAACAGAGACUGGAAUAACCUGUUUGUUUAGGUUACAAAUGAGCACACAGAAACUAACCCAGUGCACUUCUUCAAAUCUCUUACAAUCCUUAUACGCUCAAAAGUUUUUUUUUUUUUUUAAUUUUGUCUGACUGACCUUGAAUUGUUCAAACUGUUUUUGGGGGGUUUCUUCCUGGACUUGUUUCCUGGUGACGUGAGAGACCGUGCCUGUUGUUUUAUACUGUAUGUAGGAAGCACCGCAGAGAGACCGUAGUUCAGAAGAAAGGCUUGUCGAAGGGCAGAGAAAUACAUCAACCUUAGGUUCCUUCUGUUUGAUGAGGAAGAAGGUUUUUAAUAGAGAUUCCAGAUCUGGAAACCUCAUGGAAAAGGGAUUCAGAAAGAGUCUUGUUGUCUUGUGUGUCGCUCUGAGCAGUGAAAUGAGUCUGCCGGCAAAAGGUGCCAGGGUCUAACCGCGUCUCCCUGUUUUAACUUCGUAGGGAAGAGAAUUGGAUGUUCAUCUUUGAUUAGUAGACUAAUGGCCCGACCAGUUUCUAUAAAUUCCACGUUAACUAAUUGAGAUGGUGGUUCCAUGUCCACGAAUAAAGUCACUUCCUGUUGA